UUUUCCAAAUUGUAAGUCUUAUCCAAAACGCUACCGUUUUAGGCUUUUAGCAGCCUUGUACGUCCCUUAUCAGAGAUGCUGAAUAUUUUUAUAUCUCAUUCUCAUCCAUGGAUCUCCAUUUUUACAUGCUUUUGCUUUCUCUGAAACUCAAAUUUCAAUAAUGGCCGGCGCACGUCUUUCGCUCACCGGAACAAAUCUAAGCCGUCCAUUUACCUCGCCGGCACGGUCGGCUUACCUUAGACGUACGAUAGUCUCCGGUGUGGCCCAAAACCUAUCUUACUGGGAUUCCAUACAUUCCGAUAUCGACUCCCACCUGAAAAAAGCCAUCCCCAUCCGUGAGCCCAUUUCCGUUUUCGAGCCGAUGCACCACUUGACAUUUGCGGCACCCAAAACCACCGCAUCUGCGUUGUGCGUCGCCGCGUGUGAGCUUGUCGGUGGCAACCGUGAAGAUGCAAUUGUAGCAGCGUCGGCAAUUCACCUCAUGCAUGCUGCUAUAUACACCCAUGAUCAUCUCAUGUUAACAAACAGUCUCCAGUCCGAUCCAGAGACAGAACCCAAAAUUUCACACAAAUUUGGCCCCAAUGUCGAGCUUCUCACCGGAGAUGGGAUUCUGCCGUUUGGGUUCGAGUUACUUGCGAGGUCCAUGGAUCCAGCCGGUGAUAACUCCGACGAUAUUCUGAAAGUGAUCAUAGAGAUUACACGAGCCGUCGGUUCACAAGGGAUGGUCGCCGGUCAAGAUUCCGACGUUGAGUUUGACCAAUUGAGUAGUCAAACACGACGCUGUCUCCAUGGAUGUGGGGCCGCCUGCGGAGCCAUAUUAGGUGGUGGGAGCCACGAUGAGAUUGAAAGAUUGAGAAGAUACGGAUCCAUUGCAGGUAAAAUACAAGGACUGUUAAAUGAAAUGGAUAGAAAUGAAGGGGGUAAAGGGCAAUUAGCAGAGAAAUGGAGAGCUUUAGCUCUAGAGGAGUUGGAAUAUUUUGAUAGCAAAAGAAUUGAGCAAAUUUCCACACUUGUGAGAGCGUAAAUUUUAUGUAUUGGCUAUAUCAUGUUAAUAUGUACGUUUAAUAUCUCUAAGUGGGGAAAAAUCAAAAUGGAGUUUGUAUGUUAAAAACCGUUGUUUAUAUAGUUCUAAUAUUUUAUACAUAAAAUAUAGCAUUUAACUAA